AGAUUUGGUCGAGCGCGGAUCUUGCCGUUUUGGUUCGUUUAUCCCCCCCCCCCAGGUGGGUGAGUUAGUCUGGUGCUUCUGAAAGUGGUGGAAUUUCCUUCGAUUGCUUGCUUGCUCCUCUGAUGCUGUGUAGGUGGUCUGUGCCCAUCGUAGUGGUGAAGUAAAUCGGUUUUAAGGCUUUAUGACAAAGCUUCGGCGGGAUCUGUAGGGAUCGGUGAAGCGGGUUCUUUUUUCCUCCGCCGACUGUGGGAUUACGUUGGAAACGUAUAAAAACAACAUUGGCCGAUGUGACUCGAAGUUGCUGGUAUGGUAUUAGUGGCAGUUGUUUGAUGAAAAGUGUGUUUUGCGAGUUUCUUACAGAUAAUAACGAAGAAAAGGCCCACAGCUGUUGAUUACUUAUUUACAGUGGAGGAAUUUUACAGCAAUCGUCUACCGUUGGGUCCGUUUAUCAGGAAAUUUUUUUUUGUUGCGACGCAAAGGAUUAUUCGAAGAUAAAAGUGGAAAGGCGGACAGUGCCGAGCCCAGGUGAAGAUUAAAAAGAUUUUGAUCAAAUAACCGUUUAACACUUUUAAUUGUUCAGGUGAAAUACGGCAGCUUUAAGCCUGUGUAGAAAUUUCUUAGUGAACUGGAAUUCGCAAUAGUGAAAACGUGGAAUUUGGUUGAAUUAUUUAUUAACAGUUGGAGAAAAACACUGGGUAGGUCGGAUUUUCUGAGUUCAAUUAAGAUCGAGAAAAGUAACUAGUGGAGGAAGCUGACAUUUAUUAACAGUGAGUAUGCCACUGUGAGCCAUCCCGGUCGAAGUUCCACAUCGGAAAGGAUUAUUUCGACUAGGAUUAAUGGAUGCUAAGUGACCACAACGAAAAACUGUGCAACUGUGUCUAGUGUUGAGGAUGGUUCGCCAAACUCAAACAAUUCUUCUACGCUCGAGAAGCUCCUGAUUGCAGUGGUAAUAGAUCCCUUAUUGAAUGCCUCUGCCAGCGGCGGCCCCUUUUGCCAACGUUAAACGAAGUGCUUCGAGCCCGCCCACCACAGCUUAGAGUUAUUACAUCGUCAUGUGGAGAUUCUUCCGUAAUAUACGAGUUCCUAGCAAGCAACAGUCACCCCUAGGAACAGCACCGGGAUUACUGCUCAUCACAGCUAUACUGCUACUGGAUGCCGGCCGCCAUAAUGUGGCCGUCGUUGCGGUCGACCCCGUCGGCACUGGCGGUCCGUCGGUGGUUCACGAGGGCGAAGAUGCCCUGCUGACCUGCGUCGUAAUGACACCGUACAACAAUGACACCGUACUCUGGCGGAAAGGUCCCAACGAGAUCCUGUCGGCGGGCAUGAACCGCGUCACGAGCGACAAACGCAUUAGUAUUCUUCACGAUGACUCUCCCAAUGGCCGAACCCCGCUCGGUGGAGACGUUUGGGUACUGCUAAUUAAAGACGCCCGGCUAAAUGAUACCGAUGUUUACGUGUGCGAAGUGAAUAGUGAUCCUGUGGUGCGAAGUUUUCAUCCGCUGCGAGUAAAAAAAUCAAAAAAAGCGGGCACAACCGAAUCCUCUUCCACGUCCGAAUCAAGCACAUCCGGGGACAAGACUAAUGCCGAGGAGCUCUCCGACGAGGAGGAAGACGCUGAAGUCUCCCCGGACGAGGUGGCGGCCCCCCGAGUCUCGCAUGACUUUACCGGUUGCUGCAAGUCGACCAACGUCAGUGAAGCGUGUUUGGGUUUUUGCGUGCUGCAUAACAUCCUGGAAGGAAACACCGGAGUGGAACCGGAACAGUGUGAAAAAGAUUUCCCCAAUAUCGUUAAAUGUAUGGCCGAUGGCAGGAAUCACGUGCCAUGCUGUGUGGGAAAGGGUAUUCCAGAUUUGUGCCAGGAUAUGUGUCGGGGAGAAUACACUCCGUUUACGGAUCUUUUAAAAUCACGCGUUUCAUGUGUGCAGCACACGCUACCCGGACUGCAGUGCAUUCUGGACAAUAUCCAGCGUUUACCCUCCGAGCCCCAGUCGGUCGCAGUGGAAGCACUGACCGAACGAUCUCUACAGGUGAGCUGGUCCCCACCGGAACGGCUGGCCAAAACAGUCAAAUACUACCAAAUCAACGCAACCAAGUUGCACUCAUUCGAUCAGGACUUCCUGGCGAACGCUACCAAAGAUAGUAUGUUAAGUAUUCAAGUGUCAUCGGAUCAAGGAUCGGUUAUUGUCAGCGAUCUGGACCCCUUCACAAUGUACACGAUCACCGUCAGUGCGCAUAACGAUUUCGGAUCCAGCCUGCCGAGCAUCAAAAUUCGCGCUCUCACGCUAGAGAAUGGAGGCGGCAACAAGCAGACCAGUGUGGCCGUCGUUCCUAUUUUGCCAGAUGUGCGCGGCUGCUGCAUAAAAAACGGUGUUACCCACCGGACCUGUCUAGACAAGAUGUGUGAUCCAGUAAAGGCUGAUUUCACCGAAGUACCAGAUCUAAUGGUAUGCGCUCCCUGGGCCAAUAUCACGUUCGGUUGCUUGGCCAACAAAAUAGACCAUACGUCAUGUUGUAAAUCUCGCGGAAUACCGGACGGUUGCCUAACGUUUUGUUCGGGAACAGUGAAAGCGAUCAAUUUCAACUACUUCAAGUGUCUGCAGUACAUGUCCGACUACAGCAGUUGUCUGCUGCAAGGCUAUGGAGUCUUGUCGGGUCCACCGUCUAAACUGAAAGCUCCCCUGAUAGCAUCGCAUUUUGUGGUACUUGAAUGGAAACCACCGAAAAUUCUUCCAGAUACUGUAACCUCAUAUCACUUGCACUACAGACGAUUGGGAAGCGGUGAAGAGUAUAGUGUUGUGGAGAAAGAUCAACCUCCUGUUAUUCUGGAAGACUUAGAAGCUGCCCAGUAUUAUGAAGCAUUCGUGGUAGCAGCCAACGCGCACGGAAAGGGUGGUCCUUCACCACGCUUAGUGUUCCAAACCAAGAGAGAGAAUCAAGCGGAACCGAUCAUUCCAACGUAUAACAUAUCUUCCUGUUGCCACGCUUCCGGAAUCCUACCGCAAUGUGCUCCACUGUGCAGUUACGACGUAAAAAUGUCUGAUUUGCAAAAAUUGGGUAACACCUGCCGGGGUCAAAUCGGGACGAUCGUACGUUGCAGUGCCGGAGGCCGGGACCACUCAUCCUGUUGUGAACGCCGCGCUGUACCUCCCAAAUGCCGUUCGCUGUGUCGAGGUGUAAUAACUCAAUCUCCUUCCGACUGUCUUCCGUACGCCGGUAACAUCAUUCAAUGCUUCGAGGAAGGAAUUGGACACAUUCCGGCUCCAGUCGAAGAUCUGCACGUUACUUCGGUUUCGAACACGAGUAUUUCGUUGGCAUGGGUUCCGUCAGAGGUCGAUCCGAACAAUACCGACACGCAAGCCACGGAUUAUCUCGUUCAGUACGGGAAGGUAAACAACAUGACCAUGUACGAAACCAUCAUCAAACUGGAGAACGAGGUCAACACUACGGAAACCGAGAUGGAGCUUACGAAUCUCGAACCAAAAGGACUGUAUCGAAUAACGGUAAUCGCCAGAGGACUUCAUGGAUCAUCGCUUCCAUCUUCCAUGCUGCUGAUUAACACAUCACGCACAGAUGCUGCCAGCACUGUAUACGGUGCUCCGUCGCCACCUCAUUCCAUUUCGGUUUCUUCACAUAGCGCCACCUGGAUAACGGUGGCCUGGCAACCGCCAGAGUUUUCUCAUCCUCAUGAGACCAUUACCUAUCGAGUAAUUCAUAAGGUUGCCAACAAUUUCACUGUGAUUGAUACUCGGCUGCUUUGGGUUCGGAUUUCUAACUUACAACCAAACACCCAACAUAUUGUGUACGUUGUAGCCUUGGGUGCCAAGGGAACCAGUCUUCCUUCGGAAACAUUGGUUGCCUGGACGGAUCCAGCCUUGCCUGCUUUUGUUGAUCCACCAACGGUUCACCCUUCGGAUAUAAUCUCCGAGGGAGGCUCGAUGACAAUUCUGUGUCUCGCGCUGGGAAAUCCUGCACCAACAAUUUCCCUCUAUGUCGGGGGUCAUCUGGUCCGACAGGACACCUCUCGGCAUAUGAUCACCGUGAUACACAACGUGACGACGGAUAUGGAGCACAUCUCGUGCUACGCUGAUAACGGAUAUGGCAUUCCGAUGCAGGCCUCCAAGAAGGUCAACAUAAGUUUUGCCCCACGCAUCCAAGCAUCUGGUAUCACUAUCGCAUCUGUUGGUGAAUCCGUUGACCUUAAAUGUACAGUCCGAGCGAGACCAAUUCCCAAAACGAUGUUUUGGCGAGACCACGACGGUCGGGUUCCAGUUAUCCAAGGAGGAAACUUUGGCAUGGCUAUGCGUAAUGAUGUUGAUGAUAACUCCCUCUACACAAUGACACUAACCAUCAGUAAACUAACGGCACAAGAAGUUGGAGAAUAUUUCUGCCAUGCGGAAAAUGCGCUCGGUUCAUCAACCCGGGCGGUGUCCGUACGAAUUCGUAACACAGCGGCGUUCGCCAACGUAUCGGAAUGCUGCGUAUCGCAGAACGUAUCAUCGGCCUGUAUGAGUGCCUGCUCGUUCUACAUCGACAUCGAGAGCGUAAUCGAUCGGCCAGAAUGUUUGGUGGACUUCGACAAGUUAAUGAAGUGCGCCGCCGAUGGUUCGGAUCAUCGGGGAUGCUGCGCUUCGAAGGACCUUCCCCGACGGUGCUUGAACUGGUGUCGAGGAGAACCGAUCAACCCUCCGGGUAUCUGUGCCUUGCAGCACACUCGCACGAUUGUUGGAUGCUUCCAGGAGAACCGUGAUCGACUUCCGGGGCCACCUCAGAAUCUUCAGGUUCAAGUUCUGAAUGACGAAGAAGUGCUUAUCAAAUGGGACCCUCCAAGCAAGAACCCACACACCGUCGAAGGGUAUCGAUUGUUCUGGCACGACAUGGAGCCCGUGACCGAGAAUUUCUCCAACGUGAUUAGUGGCUUGGGAACAAGCCGUCUGGAUGCUAAAGAAACUAGUAUCAAACUGGAAGGUCUCAAACCAAAUGUUAUGUACGAAUUGGUGAUCAAAGCCGGAAACCACUUUGGAGCGUCUAUUUUGUCGGAUCCACUACGAUUCACUCUUGGUGAUCACCACAUUACAUCCGCUUCCCAGUCUUCGAAUGCGGGCGUGAUUAGUGGCAUUAUUGGUGGCAUCCUGGCGAUCAUACUUGCCAUUUCAGCGUUGGUGAUUAUGAAGAAGCGGAAAAUCGGUCAAAAGCAGGCCAACGGAGGAGUCGCUUUCGAAAAUCCAAGCUACCUCCGCGAGAUGAAUGUGGAACAUGUUCAGAUUCCCGCCGUUUCCGGACAAUCAACCACUGACUGGCGGCAGGAGUCACUACAUUCUGCCAACGGUACAGCUACUACCGGUCUAGGACAGGACAAUUCAGUGGUCCCGAUGGCAACUGAGGUCAACCCAUCGCUGUACGAAGAGCUUAAGCUCGGCCACGAUCGGGCCGGAUUUAAAAGACUAGUUUCUUAGGAAUUGGUUAGUAUUACUCCCUAGGAAAUGUCCGCACAGUCGGAUAAAGAUUUUUUCGAACCCCUGGGAGUUACAACAAGCAUAACGCGAAGUGUACUUGUAAAUAACAACGGACAGUUAUAGAUGUAAUGUAUGACGGUGAGAACAGAGUGGGACACCGUCGGUGAAACUCACCCUCUCUCUCCCCUGUGUUUGUCAACUGUUUUUUGUACUAGUUGUGAUUGAGAGUAAUAAGGUGAUGAUCUUUUAGGUGCUGAUUAAGAUUUUAUAUAGGAUUAGACAAAUUUUCUAUAGCGAAAGGUGCAGAUUUUAAACCAAGCUUAAUUGAGGAGGAGUAGCACUAACACACAUCACCUAGUAAUACGUGCAGUUGUGUACUGCCUGAUAGUUGUUUAGAACCGGGAAUUUGUUUCAACCUUAGACGCACCUACCACCCAGCCGACAUUCGAAAAUAAGACAAAGUAGAAGACACCAAUACCAACGCCACCAGCAUCAACAACGAUCUAGUCAAAACGAUGAAAUCAAAGUUCACCGUAGACGCCAGUUUACUAAUAGACCGAAGUGCGGAUGAAACAGCGAAUCUUCUGUAAGGCGGUUUGCGACACCAGUGGCAAUAAUUCGUUAAGUUACUCAAACCUUCAUGAAUUAGAUAUUUAUUGUUAAAGAUGGCGGAAGCAUAUUCGCAUGCGAGUGCUUCCGCUGAAUAUUUGAAACUAGCAAAUCAGUUACUUUUAUUAUGUUUAGGGAUGUGUGUUUGGCAAGUGUCGCAAAAAAAAAAUCUGAGGCUUUGUAUAAAGCUGAAACGCAUCGAAUCGGCGAGGUGAAUUUAUUUUCAAUUGGAAUAAGUCCACCAUUGUAACAGUGACGGACUUCUAUUGGGAAUAUCGCAAAUGUCUACGAUGUACAUACGGUUCAUGUGAAAGAAAAAAUUUCAAUACACCACUAAGAACGAUAUUCGGGCUAUUGAAGAAUAGGUAAGUUACGAUGGAAAACAUUGGUAUAGGAAGUAAUGAAAUUCUCGUUUGAACAAAAACAAAACCUCUAGAGAAGCAAUAAAGACAGUUAGUUUUAUAAA